ACAGAUAACAGCAAAAUGCUUUUGCCCUCCCCUUCCUCUGGGCCAAGACCCUCUGCCAUUCACCCGUCGUCAUCAGGCCUGCCCCAUUUGAAGCGUCACCACAUCUUGCAUCCCUCGGAACAGUUGCUUGGUGAAACCUCGGCUGUUCCGGCGAGACCGUGGCAGGGAGGAGUCCUGGGACUAGCUUUCCCCUUAUCUUGCAGAGCCAAGUGGGGAACUAGCAGAGAACUCAGCUGUGUGCUUGCAGAUGCUCCUGCACUGUUUGCCCUCUUACAACACUCUUCCCUGGUGCCAGAGGCCAGCAGGGCAACAAUCUGCCAAGAGCUGAAGAUGAUCUGCUGGUUCCUCUUCCUUUCCCUGCUGGGCUUUCUGCCCCUUGCGACGCCCACCUGCCCCUCGGCCUGCCAGUGCAGCACCAACAUCGUCUACUGCUCGUCGAGGCAGCUGACUGAAAGCAGCCUCCCCGCGUCCUUCAGCCCCUCAGCUCAGACGAUCUACCUCAACGACAACCAGCUCACCAGCAUCCCCAGCGGGCUCCUGGACAACCUGCAGAGCCUCCAAGUGGUCUAUCUGUGGGGGAACCCCUGGGAAUGCGACUGCAACAUCCUCUACCUGCGCUCGUGGCUCCAGUGGCAGCAGAAUCGGACCCUGUAUCGGAAUGUGGUGUGUGCCUCCCCGGAACACCUGCGGGGCAGGAUCAUCGCGUACCUGUCGGAGGAUGAGCUCAUCUCCACCUGCCAGUACUGGUACUGCAGCAUCGCGCUCAUCUCCCAGAUCUGCCUCUUCCUCUUCAUCCUCCUCCAGGCUGUCCUGCUCCUCUUCAUUAUCUUGUUCCUGCAUAGAUUCCAGAGGAUCGCCAAUGUAGCCAGGCAGACCACCAAGGAGCUACACCAGCACGUAGAUACGUGGGCUCCCCUUUCAGAGAAUGCCUGUGACAUUGAUUAACGUCACAAGGGCUUUCAGUCCUCAUGCUUCAGGGCAUAAGCUGAUCAGCGGGGCCAGGAAGGACAUCUUUCCUCCUGGGAUUGUAGCGUUGCAUGGGCCUUUUGGUGCAUUAUGCUGAGAGCCAGCCUUUCUCUGAAGCAUCAGGAACAGGCCACUGUCUAAAGCAAGACAUAGGCUUGGCCUAUUCUUCUGUUGCAGUGCAGCUAAUCUUGGGAUGUUAAAAUUCUGCACUCUUCCAAAGGGAUAGAAACAGGAUUGGGACAAACUGUUCUUUUAUCAAACCUGUGCAGACUUGGUUGCUUUGCUGAAGUGAAAACUGUUCCUGGUUUGGUCUCUUCAGAGACUGUGAUUCUCUGGGCAGCAUCACGUACACCAAGAACCAGAAGGAACUAACUUAAAGCUGGCAAGGGCCAGGGCAGUCUGCGCUAACGCUGCCGCUAUGUGCUUCAUGCUCAUUUGGUCCCAGGGCGCCAAUGGCUGAGCCCACACACUAAAACACUGGGGGCUGAGCUUAGAAAGUCCCUGAUUCUGCUGGUUUGUUACAAUGUGGGCAGAAUGCAGCGGGCUGGCCCUGUGGCUGAGUAACUGGAGUAGGACACAGGAGAGAUGGGUUCGAUUUCCCAGCUCUGCCUCUGAUUUCCUGUGUCACAGUCGGCAAGUCAAUCAGUCUCACUGGGACACAGUAAAAUCGGGCUGCUGCUGGCCAUACUUUGCCUUGUCUGUUUCGGGUGGGGCAGUUCAAAAGCCCACAGUGUUGACUCAAUUCUGUUCCCACUAAAUGAAGGCGGGAGCCCAGUUAGGCCAAAGCCGAGUGCUUCUGAAAGCCUCGCCCCUUUAGGGCAGCGAUCUUCCUGCGUGUCUGUACGCUGCCCAGCGGAAUGGGGGCCUCUAGGGCUACCGAGAUGGCAAGAAAUACAUCAUGCAACUUUAGCUAUUUAUAACAGUCCUUUCAUUUCUGUAACAAACCCGUAUUAAAAUAAUGAUGAUGCAAAUGGUU